UGAACACUCUCUUUUUGCUAAACUUAUACGUUGCUAUAUAAUCUUCAUUAAUUAGCACUCUUCACUAUACAAAUUUUUUUGUUUGUUUUGUGAAAUAGUGUAUUAAUAUCUUAGAAAUUAUCAAAACAUUAUUUUUCUCAUCCCAAGCUAUCCCAAAACUACUUUUACGUCAAAUAAAAAACUCGAGUUACUAAAAGAAAAUAUACAAAAAAAAUGUUUUACUACUAUAGGGACCAAUAUUGUUAAAAUUUGAAACAAUAUCGACCACAAACUUAAAUAAUGAGUAUUACGAGGGGGCAAUUUUGAAAAUAUUUGUCUUAAAAGCUAACGACAAGACCUUCAAGCAGAUCCAACGGCUCACAUUUAUCCACACCCCUUCUCCCCAAAGAGAGUUUUCCAACUUGUGUUGUGCCAUAAAAUCCCACUUCUAUAAUCUUCUUUCUCACUAGGUUUUCUAUUUGGGGAGACACAGCUCGGGUGAUUCCGAAAAGCGUUAAACUGAAUCAUCGAUCGAGAGAUUUACGAACCGCUAUAUGUUCGUGUAAUCGAUCGAUUUGGUUUAAUAGAUUUGGAGUUUUUCGUGUUUUGUGGAGAAAUCAGAGGUUUAAUUUUGAGGUUUUUAGGGAGUAGUAAUCAUGUUUUUGGUGGAUUGGUUCUAUGGAGUUCUGGCAUCGCUAGGUCUGUGGCAAAAGGAGGCUAAGAUCUUGUUUUUAGGGCUCGAUAAUGCCGGCAAAACCACUUUGCUUCAUAUGUUGAAAGACGAGAGACUCGUUCAGCAUCAGCCAACUCAGUAUCCGACAUCUGAAGAACUGAGUAUUGGGAAAAUUAAGUUCAAAGCCUUCGAUUUGGGAGGACAUCAGAUCGCUCGUAGAGUCUGGAAAGAUUACUACGCCAAGGUGGAUGCAGUGGUAUACCUAGUGGAUGCAUAUGAUAAGGAAAGAUUUGCAGAGUCAAAAAAAGAACUAGAUGCACUUUUGUCAGAUGAAUCAUUAGCAAAUGUACCUUUUUUAGUCCUAGGCAACAAGAUUGACAUCCCUUAUGCUUCAUCAGAAGACGAGUUGCGAUACUUCUUGGGCCUAACGGGCCUCACCACAGGCAAAGGGAAAGUAAAUCUUGAAAACUCGGGUGUUCGCCCUCUUGAGGUGUUCAUGUGUAGUAUUGUGAGAAAGAUGGGGUAUGGUGAUGGCUUUAAGUGGGUUUCUCAGUAUAUCAAGUAGUUAACUCCUUUGGUUUGGUUUGGUUUGGUUUGGAAGGAAAAAAGAAGAAAUGUUAUAUUGGAUUUGGAUUUGAGGAUAUAUGUUUGUUUGAUAAAUGGUGUGUUUUAUAACUGAAUGGAUGGAUAUUAAGUAUGAAAUUUUAUGUUUGGUUUGUUUUCUUUGGGUGUGAAGUUGUGGUACAAUCCUUUAUGCAAAUGUUAUUAUGGCUUAGGUUUCAUAAAAUGAUUGAGAAAAACUAUAUCUUUGCAUUUUUGUCUAUAAAAGAAGCUAUCAAUUUUCA